AUCAACUAAUUUGUAAAAAUGUCAAAGUUACUUUUAUGCAGAACCUGUGGCGAACAGAUUAACAAUUCCAAUGCCAAAAACCUCUUUCAACAAGAAAAUGAAGAUUUGUUAGAUAAGAUCGAUACACUGACAGGAAUCAGGUUAAAUGACGAUGAACAUAUGCCUAAGAAUAUUUGCUCCUCCUGUUACUUGGAGGUAAACCAAUCAAUAGCAUUUCGGGAGCUAUGUAUAAAAACACAAGAAGUUCUUCGUGACGGGAUACACAGAGAUACAUCACCGCAAGAUCCCUUAUGUACAGGAAAAGAAACUGUUGCAUCUAAAGCGAUUAAUAUCAGGAAACAACCACAGCGUAAAAUCCAAACAUCUCUGCAAACUCGUAUUGUAAGAGCGCACUCACCAAAACAACAAUCAAGCACCAACACCACAUCAAUAAACGAUUCAGCACAUCAUGGGCGUGUUAUUAUAUUAGCCCGAACAUGCUCAGAAAAAGAUAAGAGUAUGAUUACUUCGAGACAGCCUAAAGUAUCGACAGUCAGUAAAAGCGAUUGUAUGGCGAUGGACGAAGCUCUGCAGUCGCCACCAGAAGAUUCUGAUAGCGCCACGUCUGAUAGAUCUAGAAACCAAGUAAAACGUAAUGUCAGGCAGCGGGGAGUUAAUAAGACCUAUGUUUGCGAUCAAUGCGGAAAAUGUUUUAAAGACGCCAGCAAUCUUAAAGUGCAUAUUUUGCGACAUACAGGGGUGAAGAACUUUGAAUGUCAAGAAUGUGGCACAAAGUACUUUACACGACAUCUCUUAAAUUUACAUAUACGCGUAAGACAUCAAGGAGAGAUGCCAUAUGCAUGCAAAUAUUGUGACCAGCGCUUCUUUACAAGUACCACACGUUGUCGGCAUGAACGCGUAAGGCACGUAAGGAAAUCAACGUAUGCAUGCAGACUUUGCGGAAAAACGUAUCUGACAAAAUCAUGCUUAAAUAAACAUGAGUUUCUUCACACGGGUGAAAGACCAUACCGUUGCAAUAUAUGCAAUGUGGGAUUUCCUAGAAAAACAAAUUUAAAAAUUCACUGUCGUUCAAAACAACAUCAAACUAGAGCUAGUGCAGCAAUGGAUAAAUCCCAUGAUGUAAUAUAUGCGCUCUCAGAUGGAGAAAGUAAAACAGAUUUAAUUAAUAAAGAUUUCGAUGUUUAAAGAAAUUUCAGUGCUGGUUAUUGUUUAUUUCAAAAAUGCAUAUGUAUAUAUAUUUUGUAUUUCCAG